UUUAUCGGUAAAAUUGCUCAUAUAAAUAAUGUAACCACUCAUUGGCAAGCUGGUGAGCAGUCCACUUCACCUUCCAAACACUCACCAGCUCAGAGCAGAGUCGCAGUACAAUAAUAGAGAGAUCUAGCGAGAUCUAGAGCGUUCUAGAGAGUUCCAGAGUGUUCUAGAAGGGGCGGUGCCCGGAUCCAUCCAUGGCCUCCGUCCUCGUCCUCGUCCUCGUCUUCCUCCUCGACCUCAUCGCCUUCGGCCUCGCCGUCGCCGCCGAGCAACGCCGGAGCACGGCGGUGGUGGUGCCGGACUCGGAGAAGAACUACACGUACUGCGUCUACGACUCCGACAUCGCGACCGGGUACGGCGCGGGGGCGCUUCUCUUCCUGCUGCUCAGCCAGAUCGUGGUGAUGGGCGCCAGCAAGUGCUUCUGCUGCGGCCGAUCUCUGCGCCCCGGCGGAUCCCGCGCCUGCGCCCUCAUUCUCUUCCUGUUUUGCUGGUUAACGUUCAUCAUUGCCGAGGCGUGCCUGCUCGCAGGAGCGGUACGGAACGCGUACCACACGCGCUACCGGACGCUGUUCGUCGACAACCCGCCGUCGUGCGAGACAGUGCGCAAGGGCGUGUUCGCCGCGGGCGCCGCCUUCGUCUUAUUCACCGCGAUCCUCUCUGAGUUUUACUACGUCACCUACUCCAAAUCCCGCGACUCCGGCGCCGGCAGCGUCCCCCCGCCCUACGGCAAGGACUCUGGAAUCGGCAUGAGCCCCUACAGCUAAUCAGUGCUACAUCAGAUGAUCUAUGUACUAUAGUUGGUUAUUAUACUAGUCUGAGACAUGUCUAUCUAUAGUAGGUAUAGUGCUCUUUCGUUUUGGUCUCUACUUGUUGGCAUUUGAUUGGAUGUAUGUUUGGGUUAAAUUGGAUUGGGUGUGUUUGAGUCUAUUUCGUUUGUUAUCAUGUUAUAAUGAGAUGAGAUGGGUAUGUAUGGGAUAAUCACAUGGGACAUUUUUGGUUUGUGGGUCCACACAUUUUGUAUGGGCAUAAGUGGCUGAGUAGAAAGUUCUAGCUAGGCUGUUGCUUUGCUUGUGAAAGUAGAUUGGAGAUGUUUCUCCUUCCGUGUGGUCCAACUUAAGUAGUUCAUGAGCACUUUGUGCAGGUGAUUGAUUGCUCUCA